ACCUCAAAUCAGCCACGACCUAUUCGAUCACAAUGUCGUCUCUCUUUCAUAGCUUUGCCCCCUUCUUUGUUCCCAGUAAGGUUUCCCUCAAAACCUCUUCUCUACCGCAACAUUGCUCCGCGUCCUCCAAGAUUCGUGGUGCCAUCAAUGACGAUGUCCCGUCUGCCUCUAGUGCCAAUCACACUAGAGCACCGCUUCCGAAUUUACGGGACAUGGCACUUUCGAGUUCAUUAGCUGAUGACCAAAGUGGUAGAAGAUCCGACCCCUCUGCUUCUGCUACUGCCACAGCAAUGGCCGUUAUGGCACCCGAUACUGCUAAGGAGUCGACCAAAGGCAUUGGGAUACUGAACUUCCUUGAGGGGAAGAGCUACUUUGUUACUGGGGCUACUGGGCUACUUGCCAAAGCAUUUGUGGAGAAGAUUUUAAGGGUGGCCCCUAAUACUAGAAAGAUCUUCCUCUUAGUUAAGGCGAAAGACGAAGAAGAAGCUCUCGGUAGAGUCAAAACAGAGAUUAUUGAGUGUGGGAUCUUCAAGAGGCUCAAAGAAUUGCACGGAGAGCACUAUGCAGAUUUCAUGAUGAGCAAGCUUGUUCCGGUAGUUGGAAAUAUGUGCGAGCCCGACCUUGGGAUGCCCAAUGUCGAACUAGCCACCCAAAUAGUUGAAGAAGUCGAAGUGAUUGUCAAUUCAGCGGCAAGCACGACCUUUGAUGAGAGGUAUGAUGUAGCCCUAAACCUAAACACCCGAGGGCCUUUCAGGCUUUUGAGUUUCGCCAUGAAAUGCAAGAAGCUUCGACUUUUCCUGCACGUAUCAACCGCAUAUGUGAAUGGGGAGAGGCAAGGAGUAGUGAGGGAGAAACCAUUCUACAUGGGACAAAGUAUAGCCGAAGAGAUGGCCAAUGACCCAAGGGCAAAUCAAUCUUUUGCCUUGCCCAAAUUGGAUGUCCAUGCUGAGAUCAAAUUGGCCUCAGAGAUUGUCCAAAGUCUCACCAAGGAAGAUGUAGUCCAGAAGUUGAAAGAGUUGGGGUUAGUGAGGGCUAAAAUGUUCGGGUGGCAAGACACGUAUGUGUUCACGAAGGCGAUGGGGGAAAUGAUGCUAAGCAGCUACAAAGGGCACAUCCCCGUUACCAUUAUCCGUCCAAGCAUCAUUGAGAGCACGUAUGCUGAGCCGUUUCCCGGUUGGAUCCAAGGAAACAGAAUGGUCGACCCAUUACUUUUAUCCUACGGGAAAGGUCUGCUACCGGGCUAUCUCGCUGAUCCAAAGGCACUGGUAGAUAUUGUUCCGGUCGACAUGGUCGUGAACACAAUGGUGUCGGCAAUGGCAAAACAUGGAAUUCCAUCAGACCCGGAGCUCAGCGUGUACCAAGUCUCGUCAUCUGUAAUCAAUCCACUAAAGGUUCACGAGAUGUUUGGUUUCUCGUGUGAUCACUUCAUGUCUGCUCCACUUAAGGAUUCGAGAGGCGAGGAGAUUGCAAUCGAGAGGAUGAAAUUUUUCAGCUCCCUAAACGAGUUCUCUGCUUACAUACAAGAUGAGGUAGCGGAGAGGUUCGGGCUACGGGACAGCGAAGUCACUUCAAACCCUAGAAGAUUUGAGAAGCUUCAGAUGAUAUGUAAACGAACGGUGGAGAGUUUGAUAUACAAGGCCAAGAUAUAUGAGCCGUACGCCUUCUACAGAGGAUGGUUCCACAACGGAAAUACACAGAAGUUGAUGGUAGAGAUGUCUGCAGACGAGUUGAAGACCUUCCCGCUCGAUUUGAGGAGCAUAAGCUGGAAGAAUUACUUCGUAAACAUCCACAUUCCCGGACUAAAGAUGUACGUUUUGAAAGGUGGAAGAUCAGUUCCUGAAUAGAGAGACGCAGUUUUACAUGUAUGGAAUAUUAAUGAUCUCCAUCAGUUGUAAACAUCUUGAAGGGAUACUUAUUUACGCAAAGCUUUGGUGGAAGUGGACUAGGAUGUUCAAUAGAUUGUGCCCCCAGACAAAUUAUUUAUGUUCA